AUGGCGGCUGCUGCUGUACCAUUAAGGUAUACGGCACCAGGAGCAUCGGACAUGAAUACUCCUUCUGUUAGUAAUAUUUCAUCACAAUCGCAGGGGAACUCUUCGGCAGCAACGUUGCAGAUGUUGGCGAAUCAACAGUACCAGCCUUAUUAUCUUCGCCCAGCUUAUCGUUUUAAAACAAACACUAACAAUUUUUUUGAUAAAGUUACGAGUGUAGCAACGCAUGUGUUAGUGAAGUGUUUUUUCCAGCUACAGACAACUAUUGACAUGAUGGCUGAUGGACCUGGUCGCAGGUUACGGAAGAACGUUGCAAAUGUUCGUCGUCACAUCGAUUAUAUAGCUAAUGUAUUAAAUUAUGUUGAAGCUCGUUUAUGGCAAAAUGGUGUACGGGACAGAGAGGCAUUGCAACCAGAUAUAUUAUACCAGAAUUGCGCACUGCCUGCUUCGGCAACUUUAGAUAAGCCGGUUGAUUGCAUUCUAACAAAAUUUGUUCGAGCGGCUAUGAACAAAGUCAAGUGUCCUAUAUAUAGCGUUUGCUGGACCCCAGAGGGGAAACGGCUCAUUACGGGUGCUUCGACGGGCGAAUUCACGUUGUGGAAUGGGACCGCAUUCAAUUUUGAAACUAUUCUGCAGGUAGAAGUUGGUGUGUCAUGGAUCGGUGUUGUUAACAGAAUAAGCUGUUGCGUUGAAACAACUGUAGUUGGAGUAUUUGCUCAUUAUGCCAGAGUUCAGGGUUUGCUUGAGGCGCAUGAUAGCGCAAUACGAGCUUUGAAAUGGUCACAUAACGAUCAAUGGCUUGUGUCAGCUGAUCACGAUGGUUUUGUAAAGUACUGGCAACCAAACAUGAAUAAUGUGCAUAUGUAUCAAGCUCACAAGGAUGAGCCAAUAAGAUCUAUCAGCUUUGCUCCAACGGAUGCAAAGAUAGUCACUGGUUCCGACGACGGUACAGCACGGAUUUGGGAUUUUGCUAAGUGCGCUGAGGAGAAGGUUUUGCGUGGGCAUGGCUCAGAUGUAAGAAGUGUUGAUUGGCAUCCUCAGAAAGGGCUCGUUUGUACGGGUUCACGAGAUUCUCAACAACCGGUUAAGCUGUGGGAUCCUAAGACGGGUCUUUGUUUGGCCACCCUGCAUGAGCAUAAGAAUUCUGUGAUGGCGGUGCAGUGGAACAGAAACGGCAAUUGGCUUUUGACUGGUUCUAGGGACCACCUAAUAAAGAUGUAUGACAUUCGUAUGAUGAGGGAGAUGUACACGUAUCGGGGUCAUAAGAAGGAAGUCACUGCUCUUGCAUGGCACCCGAUUCAUGAAAGUCUUUUUGUGAGUGGUGGAGGUGAUGGUUCUCUAGCGUACUGGUUAGUGAAUAAUGAGAAGGAAUUAGGAUUUUUAGAGCAUGCUCAUGACCAGGCCGUGUGGACUUUAGAGUGGCAUCCUCUUGGUCAUAUUCUUGCGUCAGGGUCUAAUGAUAACAACACAAAGUUCUGGUCACGUAACCGGCCGGGAGAUACGCAAGAUGAUAUUUUUGGCUUGGCUUCAUUUUCUGGAAAUGCGCUACAUGCCACUGCCAAGGAAGCGAAAGCUGAAGUGGAUGAAGAAACUGUUAUUAAGCCCGUCAUUCCAGGAAUGGGCCUGGACGAUGAUGUCUUCCAGGAACUAGAAAAGAAAGAAACGCAACAGAUUGUAGGCGGCCCUUCAGCUGGUAGUGGAUCACUUGGUGGUCCGCUUCUCAUGCCGGAAGAUCCCAAUGCUCGCAUGCAGUCAGCAAAUAUCGGAGCAAAGAGAACACUUAUUAAACAACCUCCUCCGAAAAAAGCGCAACGUCAGUUUGAACGUAUGUGGAAUGUGGCUAAACCAACUGGAGGUGAAGACUUUGACGAGGAAAUGCCUGAAGAAGGAUCUUUCCGGAAAACCAAAGCGUCUCUAUUGGGACCACCGCCACCGUCAAUGCUUUCUUCUUCAAAGGGUGUUGAAGGUGAGUGGAUUCUUUCAUUCUCGAAUUUCGCAAAAAUUCCAUUUGAUCAACUUUCAGGACAGCGAUCUUUCUCACCACCGUCAUCUUCUUACAAAGGUGACCAUAACGGAAGUUCGAAUACACACUCUUCAGUCCCGCAACGGGUUUCUUCUGGCAGUGACCUUAGUAAUCUUGGAUCAGACUCGCAACAAAAACCACAAGCUGCUUCUCUGUUAGGACUGCCACCGCUACGACUGUCUGCGUCGCAAAAUGAGCCUUGGGCCUCACCUUCACAGUCCUCGCUCAUUCAACAAGUGAACGGUCAAACCAGUCUUCCGCACUCUGCGCAGCCAGUCAUAAAACAGGAAACAUUACCUGCAACUUUUGCUGUUAGUUCAAUUGCACCCCUGCCGUUCCCUCAGCCUACUGCAGUAGCGGGCCAGUUAAUUUGGCCGCCGCCAAUAGUCCAGCCGCAAGCGACACAAAAUUUAGACAUUGAUUACCGCACGGGAGCACCUGCGGCUUUAGUAAUAUCUAACUCUGUUAUGGCACAGACUUCGAACAGCACGGGUGAUGUGGAUCUUAGAAACCAACAGCCAUCGUCAUCUUCUUGGAGGACAUCAGCCUCCACCUCGUCAGAAUGCCACGCACAAAGUCCAAGAGAUCCUGAGCAAGACGUUGGAGGUCUGUCAAAAAUUCAUGACCCUCGUAUGCGUCGAGGUUCGAAUAGAAAGGCUUCAGCAAAUCAACUUGAGAGGGAAUCUGAAGGGUUGGUCGCUGCUGGGAAAAGUCUUCUUGGACCUCCUCCAGUCCAAAUGCGAGAUCCAAGGCGGAAGCCACAGACAUCUCAGACUUCACAGAAAUCGGAUGGCGAUUAUGAGAGCAGAUAUGAAAGUCACAAAGGUCCAUCUCGCACGUGGAUGCCAACUAUGAACGACAGCACUGUUCAACCUUAUAAUGGCCCAAGAUCUUCGUCAUCUGAGUCUUCAAGCUUACUUAGAAAUAAAGGUUAUGGAAGUAGUUCUAGUGGAAGUAGAAACUACGAUGAUUACGACAGCAGGUCUUCUUACAAGCAGUAUGGAGGAGGAGGGCCAAUGAGAAAGGGUGCUUUGAUAGAUCGAGGUCGAGGAAGAGACCGUGCGAGCAGAAGAACAGGUUACUGA